AUGGAUCCCUUUCAAUACGAGCCGCUUCAGCCUAACGGUAACCAAAUACGCCUGCUCUGCUUCUCGGACGAUCCCGGCGGUCAGCUUAGCUACACUCUCAAAACCUUCAAACUCGAUGAAUGCCCUCCAUACGAGGCUCUGUCUUAUACAUGGGGACCCGCACUCCCAACUAAAAUUAUAUCCUUGAAUGAAAGGCCUCAUGAGGUCCGAGAAAAUCUGGGGGACUUCCUUGACUGCGUUACACGAACUGGCAUCACGAUCCUCGACGGUGACGGUAUGCUACUGCGUCCAACAUAUCUAUGGGUUGAUCAGAUUUGUAUCGAUCAAUCCUCGAAUGGAGAGAAAUCACAUCAGGUUGAGCGUAUGGGCGAAAUUUAUAAGCAGGCCCAGCGUGUGAUUGUGUGGCUAGGUUGCGAUGACCAGGAUAGUGAUACAGCAAUGCGACUGAUAGCGGAUAUUAGUCUCAUACAAGGACGAAUUCACAGAGAAGAUUUCCCUAAUUACCUUACUUUUUUGGCGGCUUCUUUCAACAAGUAUAAAGACGACCUCCCAAGGCUCCUCGCUGAUCGCCAGAGUCUUGAAAACUUCCUACACCGACCAUAUUGGAGUCGUCUCUGGAUCGUCCAAGAGUUUGUGCUAGCCCAAGAUCUGUUGCUUGUUUGUGGCUCUCACGCCCUUAUGUUGACUUCCCUCACUACCUUUAUUUGGGUUUCUGGAUUGCCAUCGUGGUUUUCAGGGCACAGCAUUAUAACUUUCCCAAGUUCAGUGUAUAGUCUUUUUGAAGCGAGACGUGGAAGGAAGGCCGGUGUUAAGUUCUCAUUGCCUAAUUUAUUGCGUGAUUUCUCGGCGAUGGAAUGCGAAAAUCCACGCGACAAGGUAUACGGCUUGCUGGGAUUGUGCGAUGGAAAUGUUCAAAUUGAUAUCGACUAUGACAAACCAUCGGAUGAACUGUUCCGAGAUCUGUUUCUUACGUCUAAUUACAUCAAAUGCUACAGUGAAGGGUGGUUUUUACAACUCGCUGAAGAAAUGGGUGUAAAGUGGAACCUUCCAAAACCUAGGUGGUCAACGAAUUUCAAUGAAUAG